GCACAGCAGCGCUUCUCUCCAUUUGGAGGGUUGUGCACUUCGCUCGUCUUCCUCGCCCGGUCGCACAUCUCUGUGUCUAGCGAGCCUCCCAGAGCAGAGCUUCCGAUCUCACUUGAGGAUUACUUGACAUUCUUCCACAGCGUUGCUGCAGAUAUGGGUUCUGCUGCCAUUUGGAAUCCCGUUUUGUUUUUGUUUGAAGCGAAGAAUGGAAAAGCGCAGGUCAGGAAGACACCACUAGAGAGGGGUUCUAGUUAAUCAAAUCUGCACCGAUAUCUGGAGAACUUUUAAUUUCCCUCAUUUACAACAAUAAUCCAGUUUGUAGAGGGCCUGCAAGGAGUAACCCACCGUUUAUUCCAACAGUUUGCUGGUCACUUGGAGACAGCAGCAUGCUGACAUCUUAAAUGCAAUGACUGUAUCACAGAUGCUUCUGAGUCAGCUGGGUGAGGAUUAACCUCUUCCUGUCCUUACUAGGCAAGAGACGACCCGCUGGAAUGUUUCUGCUGCACGUGUCAUCACCUUGGCUCCAGUUACACCUUUCACAGGUGACUAUGAAAUGGGGACACCCUGAAAGGCCCCAUGAGGAUUCAUAGAAGAUGCUCAUAGCCUGGGCGCAUCUGCUCUUCCUAGCGAUGUGGGUGAGAAACAUCGCCGGUGACCGCCACUCCCUGCGUAUCGCUGCAAUUCUUGAUGACCCUAUGGAAUGCAGCCGAGGUGAGAGGCUGGCAAUUACCUUGGCGAAGGAGGGCAUUAAUCGAGCAACUGACCGCUCACGGACUGCAAAGCUAGAAGUGGACAUUUUUGAGCUUCUGAGAGACAGCCAAUAUGAAACGGGAGAAACAAUGUGCCAAAUUCUGUCCAAAGGAGUGGUUGCUGUCUUGGGUCCUUCUGCCAGCCCGGCAUCAAAUUCCAUCAUCAGCAAUAUAUGUGGUGAGAAGGAGGUCCCAUAUGUGAAAGUGGCCCCAGAAGACAUCCUUAAGGUACAGUUUCAGAGAUUCACGACACUAAAUAUGCGGCCCACCAACACGGACGUCAGCCUGGCCAUCGCCGGCCUUCUGCAGUUCUUCAACAGCACUACUUCCUGCCUCAUCUGUGCCAAAGCUGAGUGCCUGCUCAACCUGGAGCGUCUGCUGCGCCAGUUCCUAAUCUCCAAGGACACACUCUCUGUGCGUAUGUUAGAUGACAGCCAGGACCCCACGCCCCUUCUUAAGGAGAUCCGUGAUGACAAGAGUUCCACCAUUAUCGUAGAUGCCAACACCACAAUGUCACACAUCAUCCUCCAGCGGGCCUCGGAGCUAGGGAUGCUCUCCAUUCACUACACCUACAUCUUCACCUCUCUGGAAUUCCCUCUACUACGGCUUGAUGACCUAGCUGAUGAGCGUGUCAACAUUGUGGGUUUUUCCGUUUUCAACUGGACGCAUCCUUUCUUCCAAGACUUUGUGUUAAGUCUGAACCGCUCCUGGCAGGAAAACUGUGAUCACGCCCCCUUUGCUGGACCACCGCUUUCCUCAGCACUACUGUAUGAUGCAGUCCAUGCUGUAGUGAAUGCAGCACAUGAACUGAAUCGUAGCCAGGAAAUUGGAGUCAAACAGCUGUCCUGCAAGUCAUCUCAGAUCUGGCCACAUGGGACAAGCCUGAUGAACUACCUAAGGAUGGUAGAAUUAGAAGGUCUAACCGGCCACAUUGAGUUCAACAGCAAAGGUCAGAGGUCUAACUAUGCUCUGCGGGUGAUGAAGAACACCAGAGAUGGACUAAGGCAGAUUGGGCAGUGGCAUUCAGAAGAAGGUCUAGCAAUGGAUGCAAAACUACAGUCUUUAAAUGCAUCGGACACCUUAUUCAACACCACUCUGCACAUCACAACCAUACUGGAGAACCCAUACGUGAUGCUCCGACCAAAUCACCAGGAGCUGGAAGGGAAUGAUCGAUAUGAGGGUUUCUGUGUGGACAUGCUGAAGGAGUUGGCAGAAAUCCUAAAGUUUAACUACAAGAUUCGACUGGUGGCAGAUGGGGUAUACGGUGUUCCUGAGGCUAAUGGCUCCUGGACAGGGAUGGUGGGCGAACUGAUGUCACGGAAGGCUGACCUGGCAGUGGCUGCCCUGACAAUCACAGCCGAGAGAGAGAAGGUAAUUGACUUUUCAAAGCCCUUCAUGACUCUGGGGAUCAGCAUCAUGUACAAGGUGCACAUGGGCCGCAGGCCAGGCUACUUUUCAUUCCUGGACCCCUUCUCUCCUGGAGUGUGGCUCUUCAUGCUGCUGGCCUAUCUGGCUGUUAGCUGUGUCCUAUUUCUUGUUGCCAGGUUGACCCCCUAUGAAUGGUAUAACCCACACCCCUGUCUGAAGGGGCGCUGCAAUCUGCUUAUUAACCAGUACUCCCUGGGCAAUAGUCUAUGGUUUCCAGUUGGAGGCUUCAUGCAACAAGGCUCCACCAUUGCUCCUCGUGCUCUAUCCACACGAUGUGUUAGUGGUGUCUGGUGGGCCUUCACCCUGAUCAUCAUAUCCUCCUACACAGCAAACCUUGCUGCCUUCCUGACCGUCCAAAGGAUGGACGUACCCAUCGAGUCUGUAGAUGACCUGGCUGAUCAGACGGCUAUCGAAUACGGAACCAUGCAUGGGGGGUCUACUAUGACCUUCUUCCAGAACUCCCGCUACCAGACCUACCAGAGGAUGUGGAAUUUCAUGCACUCAAAGCAACCCAGCGUAUUUGUCAAGAGUACAGAGGAGGGUAUUGCACGAGUUCUCAACUCAAACUACGCUUACCUUCUAGAAAGUACCAUGAAUGAAUAUUACCGGCAGCGCAAUUGCAACCUCACGCAGAUUGGAGGCCUGCUGGACACCAAGGGCUAUGGCAUCGGCAUGCCACUGGGAUCAGUAUAUCGAGAUGAGUUUGACCUAGCCAUCCUGAAGCUGCAGGAAGAGAACCGCUUAGAGAUCCUCAAGAGGAAGUGGUGGGAAGGUGGGAAGUGUCCUAAAGAAGAAGACCACCGAGCCAAAGGUCUGGGGAUGGAGAAUAUUGGAGGCAUUUUUGUGGUGCUGGUGUGUGGGCUGCUGGUUGCUAUCUUCAUGGCAGUCUUGGAGUUCAUAUGGAUGCUGCGGCGUUCUUCAGGAACAGAGGUGAGAGUUGCAGAAGAAAUGAAGCUAUCUGUGUGUGAGGAGAUGCUCCGAGAGCUGCGUGGCAUUAUCCUGUGCCGGGACAGUCUGCAGCUUCAUCGCCGGAGAGGUGGGGUCACUUUACGGCCCCGGCCACUUCCCCUGGAAGAACGGAGGGCAAGGGCAGUGGCGGCCAGCCUCAGCAAUGGAAAGCUGUGUGGGGGUAGUGCCCCUGAACCUCUUGCACACAGACUGGCACAGGAAGCAGCCCUCGUAGCAAGGGGCUGCACACACAUCCGGGUGUGUCCUGAGUGCCGGCGCUUCCAAGGGCUUAGGGCCCGGCCUGCAGGAGCCAGCGGUGCCUCUCCAGUCCACAGUGAGGAGAGCCUGGAGUGGGAAAAGACAACAAACAGCAGUGAGCCGGAGUAAAAAGGGCCAGCAAACACUCGGAGCUGCUGAAUCCUGCAGGCAGAGGGGAGAGUGGCACCACCAGUAAGGUGGGCAGGGAGAAGUGUGCCAAGACCUCCUGGACGCUGACCAACAACUCAUUUCUAAUAUAUAUUAUUUUUUUCUCCUUCUGCCCCAUUC